AGGGAGUGAAGGGUAAAGAAGCAGGGCGAGAGGCAGAGAGAAGAAAAGACGCACAACUUGUGACUUGACAAAAGAGGGCAGAGGCAGCAGCAUGAAGGCCGUCUCAGGACUCUUCUCUGCCUUGGCGCUGCUCCUCCUAAUAGGAGCAGUGCUCACCCAGAGGCCUCGGCCAAAAAAGCCCACCAGGCGCCCAUCCACCCCCAGGCAGCCCUUUGUCCCUCAGCCUGAACCACAGGAGCCCACGGACAUCCCCCCCGUCAUCCUCGGCCCGCCCUCCAUUUACCCCGACUGCCCCCGAGAGUGUUUGUGCUCUCCAAACUAUCCCAACUCUCUCAAUUGCGAGAACCGCAACAUCCGUGCGAUCCCUGCCAUCCCAUCCAGAACCUACUACCUGUACUUGCAGAACAACUACAUCUCAGAGGUGACGGCGGAACCAUUUUUUAAUGCCACGGAGGUCCGUUGGAUCAACCUGGCAAACAAUCGCAUCCAUCGAAUAGACAAACAGGUGUUCCAGAAGAUACCUGCCCUGUUGUACUUGUAUGCUCAACGUAAUCAGCUCAAAGAGGUGCCCUCAGGCCUCCCUGUGAGUCUGGAACAGCUCCGUCUCAGCAGAAAUCGCAUUACCAAAAUACCUGCAGGCGCACUCAGUAAGAUGGGGAAUCUGACUCUACUUGACCUCUACCACAACCAGCUGAGUGACAGUGACCUGGGAAGGAACACCUUCAAAGAUUUAUCCAGCCUGAUGCAACUCAAUCUGGCACACAACGUGUUGAAAAAGAUGCCUGCUGGAGUACCUCAUGGUGUCAUACAGCUUUUUCUUGACAGAAACCGUAUAGAAGACAUCCCAAAAGACUACUUCCAAGGCUUCUUUCACUUGGCCUUUGUGAGGCUCAACUACAACCAGCUGAGUGACAAAGGUGUCCCCAAGGCCGUGUUCAACAUCUCCACUUUGCUGGACCUCCAGCUCUCCCACAACCAGCUGACCUCCAUCCCUCUCUUCAGCAGUCACCUGGAGCACUUGCAUCUCAACCACAACAGCAUCGGCAACAUCAAUGGCACACUGAUCUGCCCACACAGCCUGCAGGCGGAUUGGAGCGAUCCCAACUUGACACCUCGAUUAAGGUACCUACGUUUGGAUGGAAAUCACCUGAGCCCCCCCAUACCUUUGGAUGUCAUCAUGUGCUUCAGACACCUCCACUCUAUCGUUAUUUAGGAAAACUCUGUGUUGAUGCCAGGAGCGACACGCUCAUGCGCCCACACACUUGCCACACAUGAUCAGUGACGCAACAGGCUGUCCUCCCGUGCAUUCUGUGAAAAUAUCACUGAAACCACAACGCUUUCAAAGUUCCAAGGUUUCACUGGUUCCACAGUUGACACUAGCUAGAAAAAUAGCAAAUUAUCUGUUUUUUAUAUAUAUUUUUUUCUUGAAUGCAAAUCCAAUCCAGAAAAAGAAUGCAUGUAAAGCUUGAAAGUGCGCACACAUUGAUGGACACGCUACACUUAUGUAGUUAGUAUGGUCACAAGCAAACCUGACAAAAAACCUGUUGAAAUGUUAACUACCAUGUAGUUGAUUUUGUCCAAAAUGUGCCUGCAAUUUUCACCCUACUUCAAGUAAAACGUCAUUGUAUUAUUUUCUCUUCUCAGCCUCCUGCACUGUACAUUAUUAAGAUGAUUAUUAAGUGACUUUGUACAAAUAAUAAUAAUAAGGAAAUAAAACAUUGUCUUGGACCUUCUUGUUGGUAUGUUUAUUGAUAAAUUGUCUUGCGGAAAAAAAGGGUGUGAACUAGGGAUGCCCGAUUUCUUUUUUGUCAAGCCGAUACCAUUAACGUCCUGCUUCCUGCUCCUAUACGGAUAACCGAUAACUUUAUCUAUUCAUCCAUCCAUUUUCUAUUCUGCUUCUCCUCAUUAGGGUCGUGGGGGCAUGCUGGAGCCUAUGCCAGCUGACUUUGGGCGACAGGCGGGGCACACCCUGGACUGGUCACCAGCCAAUCUAUUGUUUUUUUAAUUUAGAUUUAACUGUAGUUUGUGCACACCUGGAGGUAAGAAAGACUCAAAGUUGGUUUUGACGAACUGUGCCUGUAGAUUUGUCCUUACCAAAUAUCAUGACGUCACCACUAAUAACAAAACAUUAAAAAAUAAAAAAAAUAGCAGUGGCUCAGAAGUAC